AGAGGAACCAGAACCAACACCACCUACUAGCCAAGAGGAACCAGAACCAACACCACCUACUAGCCAAGAGGAAGCAGAACCAACACCACCUACUAGCCAAGAGGAAGCAGAACCACCACCACCUACUAGCCAAGAGGAAGCAGAACCACCACCACCUACUAGCCAAGAGGAACCAGAACCACCACCACCUGCUAGCCAAGAGGAAUUGAGCACCUCUCUCUCGUACAUCACAGCGUUGAGUUCUCUUGGCGAGGUCACUUCCACAGCAGGGACUGAGUGGGAGCCUGCAGGUCAAGGUCAUGUCCAGGUUCACUUCCCCACUGCAUGACCUGCUGACCUACUCUGACCCAACCUGCCCUGAGCUGACCUGCGGAAAUGUCUUUAUAUUUUCAAGAGGAGCUUUGGGUAAGCAGGGUACACGGCGGCAGGAGAAAGAGGAGGAGGAGCAAGGCAAGGGACAGAAGGCAGAAGAGGACCCUGUGUCGUGGUGGGCGUGUGAGGAGGUGUGUUUCUGGGUGUAGGUGAGAGUGAUAACAGCGGACAGAGCGCCGUCAGCAGAGCAUCGCAGUUAGCAGAAGUUACGCCACCGUCACCCACGUUGAGUCCUGCAGAGAGAGGCGGAGAAGAAGAGCAAGAAGGAAAAGGAGGAGGAGGAGGAGGAGGAGGAGGAGGAGACCGAAGAAGACAUGAAGAAGAAAAAGAAGAAGGAGGAAAAAACAGCAGCAGGAGGAGGCGUGGAGGGCCCUGGUGUAGCCUCGCCCCCCACCACGCCCACUGACCACGUGGACGCCGCCUUCCGUGCCUGUGACUUGGCGGGCACUGGCUGGGUGACCGCGACCUGCCUUGCUGAACACCUCUGUGCCAGCCUCUCUGAUCUCCAGCCCAGAUGGCUGGUGGACUCCCUGAAGGACACGCUCUGUGGCAAUGGCGAGGAGGUGGAGCUCGACCUCACCACCUUCAGGCAGCUCCUCCUGGCGUGGCUGCAACCUCCACGCCGACCACCUCAUGCCACAAGACUCCCCGGACACCCAAGCCCCUGCGGACAUCCUCACCCAGUCCACGCCCCACAAGGGAACCACUCAGGGGGACUCCUUUCACUUCCUAGGGGCCUUUGUGUGCGCAGGAGGCCCAGGGGGAGUGGAUGAAGGAUGCUGCGCCUACGUCUGCGUCUUCUUUGCUGCCUCCUCCUCCCUCCUUCUGCUCCUGGUCCUCGUCAGCCUGUUAGGGAGUCUGGCAGAGCGUGUUUCGAGUGUCACCUGCAGGAGGAGAACAGGAGGAGCACCUUGCUGCCGCGGGUGGGGGCGUGGGGGGCGCCCUUCCACGCCCCCUCCUACUCCUCCCUCGACAUGUCCCGCCCCCCCGUCCCCUAUAUCGCCUCCCCGCUCCCUCACCAACGGGCCAGCCACGCCACGACCUCCGCGCGCCAUCUCCCCUGAGGAUGACAGUGGCCCCAGUUUUGUUUCUCAGUGCACCGAGGGAUGUGUUCUUGCAUUGUCUUCCAGCCUCUCUCCUUCCCCUGACGCUCCUAAUAUGUUACUGAGUCUGGAAGGGGGUCGGAAUGCCCACCACCCCCACCACCCGCACCACCCCGCGCCUGCACCAUUCUCACUCCCACCACCACCACCACAACAGCUUCGCCAACUUCACCUACGGAAGUAUAGAGGAUGAGGGGCGGCAUUUACCUCCCGUAAGUACCC